AGUCAACAACAUGGCAUAGUGGUGAAACCGUACUGUCGCGUACACCGAUCGGCCGUACUUAUGUUGUUCGCGCCGAUGAAUGCCACAGGUCUUGUCGUUGGAACGUCCGGUCGAGGUUCGCUCGAGGUCGAGACAGCCGGGUGAAAGUGCGCGCGUGCUCGCAUGUGUGCGCCACGCGUCCGUUUCUAACCUGGCCAGAACGAUGAGUCGCCGUCAUUCAGUGCUGCUGUGCGGGCCCGCGCCCGCCGUGAUGUGAUGUAUUUUCUUGCCUUUCACAUUGUAAACAAAUUAACACAAGUUCAUCAGUGAAAACCCACGUCGAAAUGGCGAGUCCGGUGAAACAGCUCAGAUUUUACUUCGUCACGUGGAACGUAGCCACAAAGUUCCCGAGUCUCCAGCAGGAUCUUCAUCAGCUUCUAGGCAUCACACCUUACGCAGAGCCCGAGCAAUGGCCAGAUUUGUAUUUCAUAGGGUUACAAGAAGUCAAGUCUCAGCCACAGAAUAUGGUGUUGGACUACAUACUAUUUGAAGAUCCCUGGACUAAAGCGUUUAGAGACGUAUUGAAAAGAUAUGAUUAUGUUAAGAUACGUUCUCAGCGGUUACAGGGUCUUGUCUUAAACGCGUUCUGUCUCAGGAAACAUAUGACGCAUUUAAGGUCUGUGGAAGCUCAAUACACUAGGACAGGCUUCGGCGGCAUGUGGGGAAACAAGGGCGCUGUGAGCAUAAGAAUGACAGCUUAUGGUGUGAGCAUUUGCAUAGUGAAUACACACUUGACUCCCCAUGACCACUUAUUAGCUGAUAGGAUCUCGGAUUACAAUACUAUCGUGACUGAUCAUACUUUUACCGUUUCAUGUACAACGAAGAUAUUAUACCAUGAUUAUAUAUUUUGGAUCGGUGACUUAAACUUUCGGCUCAACGGAGAAGACUUAACCGCCGUCGAUAUAGACUCGAUGGUAAAGAAGAAGCAGCUCGAAAAACUCCUUGAGAGAGAUCAGCUGAGGAUGGUAAUGAGAGACGGUCAAGCUUUCGCCGAGCUGAAUGAGAACGCUAUCACAUUCCCGCCUACUUACAAGUACGAAUUCGAGUCUCAGGCAUUUGAUCUCAAACGUAGACCAUCCUGGACCGAUAGGAUUUUAUAUAAGGUCAACGCGGUAGACAUCUACGAUGAUAUACAACUUCACACAAUGCAGCAUACUUACAAGAGCCACUCUAGCUACAGCGUUUCGGAUCACAAGCCGGUAACUGGAGAGUUUGACAUCGUGGUGAGGCCUAUCGUGACAGACGAUAUCGUGGAAUUUCAAGAUUGCACUAUGGCGGAUCAUUUUAUAUCUUACAAACUGCAGCGAGAUUUCACGCCGGGCAACGCGGACUGGAUAGGUCUCUUCUCCUACGAGUUCUCCAGCUUGGACGAUUACAUCGUCUACGAGUAUAUCAGUCGCGGUAAGUUGACCUCGCCGCCCGGUGACUCACUCGCGAGCACCGAACGCAUAUUCUUCAGCGACACAGCGCUUCGCCUGACGGAGACGUACUGCUUGGUCUAUGUAGCUCAACGGGGUGACAUAAUGGAGAUUUUGGGCGUGAGUCCCGCGUUUUCAGGUCCUCGUAGACCGAUCGAGGCAGCUGACUCGUCCACGUAAAUCUUUCAUGACCGACGGAUCGAUUCACUUGGAAGCUUACGUGUAAGAACGUCAAUCCUCUCGCCGCUCAUGGCAAUACCUCGCUUAAAUCACCCAACGUUUGGACAAGAAAAUGUUUUCAUUUCUGUUCAAUUGUUCAUCAUCAUCUUACUGAUUACCACAACUUUUCGUGAAGAAUUGUGAUAAAGUUCUAGAGGUGGGAUCGGGUUCGCCUUCGUAGGCUCCUUCGAGCUGUAGGGAUAUUUAAGCAAGUCGGAGAAUAUGGCCUUUAAAACAUAAAGGGUGCUUUCGACACGGUGUGUAGUUUGUGAAAUCGAAGCAUCGAGAUACAAUGCUUCUCUGCGUACACUUGGACUCGAUAUUUGCCUUCGACGCUUCAUUCUCGAUGUAUUUUGGCUCGCAAUGAGAGACCUAAAUUCUUGGGAGUUGAUCAAAAACGAGUUGGUCCUCGCGUUGAACCAACGGUAACGUCCACAAACUGUAUCGAGAGAAACGUCCAAACCGUACCGAAGCCAAGUGCACCGUUUAAACUAUUACUUUUGGUACCUGGUUUUGCGCGCUCGGGUUUGCCGCCAAUCAGAGCGCGUCCCGCGCGUAUUAAUUGUACGCUUUAGGGAGAGAGCUUGCAGUGAGUGCACGCGCCAAGUUUUCACGCACGCGAAAUCUUCCUCGAUCCAUUAACGCCCACGCUUUGUGCGCGAGACAAAAGCAGUUGUAUUGUUAACUUUCCUUCCCCUCCUAUUUCCCUCCUACACCGCCUCCGAGCGUUAAUGGGUCAAUAUCACGAUGUUAUGAGUGCGCUCACCUCGCAGCGUUGUAUAUCCUCUUAGCGAGAUCAUCAUCAUGUAGCAAUUUGGGUUGUGGCAAGGCGACACUUGCACGUGCCGCCCACCGUACAAGAGUCUGUACUAUUUUAUUUUUAUAGACACCGACCGACCGGGUGGAACAAAGCGAAACGAACAAACGUAUACUGUGGUUUCAAUGGGUAUAUGCAAAUAAAGGAUAUUAGUAUUUUU